GACAAAAUCGCCAUUGAAAUGGCAAAGUUUCAGGCGAUUUUAACAUGCGAAGGAAUACACAGACGAAGCCUAUCGAUAGUGAGCACUUUUCAUCUUCUUUAUCUUUCUUUCUUCUUCUUCACGGAACUCAAGCACGAUGGCUCGAACUUUCAUCUUGUGGCUUCACGGGUUGGGAGAUUCUGGACCUGCUAAUGAACCCAUCCAAACUCAAUUCAAAUCCUCGGAGUUAAGUAACGCUAGUUGGCUCUUCCCUUCUGCUCCAUUCAAUCCGGUUACCUGCAACAAUGGUGCGGUGAUGCGUUCUUGGUUUGACGUUCCUGAACUUCCUUUUAAAGUGGGCUCUCCAAUUGAUGAAAGCAGCGUGCUUGAAGCAGUUAAGAAUGUUCAUGCCAUUAUAGACCAGGAGAUUGCAGAAGGAACUAAUCCAGAAAACGUGUUUAUCUGUGGAUUAAGCCAAGGAGGAGCAUUAACCUUGGCUAGUGUUCUGCUUUACCCAAAAACUCUUGGAGGAGGUGCCGUCCUAAGUGGAUGGGUUCCAUUCACUUCUUCAAUCAUCAGUCAGUUUCCCGAAGAGGCUAAGAAGGUUCCUCACUUAUGUUUUCUUAUAAACGUUGAUCAAUGUUUUUGUGUUUCUGAGUCUUCAGACUUUGCAAUAUGCAGACACCAAUCUUGUGGUCUCAUGGCACUGAUGACAGAAUGGUACUCUUUGAAGCUGGUCAAGCUGCUCUUCCUUUUCUCAAAGAAGCCGGUGUUACCUGUGAAUUCAAGGCAUAUCCUGGUCUCGGGCACUCGAUCAGCAAUAAGGAGCUGAAGUAUAUAGAGUCAUGGAUCAAGAGACGGUUGAAAGGUUCGUCGUCUACUUGUCUCCAACUUAAUUGUCUUAAAGAAAUGUUCCACUGAAGGUAAUAAUAAUACCUACAUGUCGUCUAUGAAGACAAGAAGAAGAAGAUUGACAAUUCUAAGCUCCUCGUAUGGUUUUGUUUGCUGUGUCCUUCUAGUAUGAUUGUAUCGAUUUGAAUUAUGUAUAUGCAAGCAUUGGAAUACAUUUGCAAUCUUGAGUGUGAACAUGAGAACAUAAAACAUAGCCAACAAAUUUGAUAAUCUUUUAACAUUGAGGGC